CUUUCUCACAGCAAAAUGGCAAAUACACCACACGGCGGUUUCCUCAAGGACCUAAUUGCGCGCGAUGCCCCCCGCCGCCAGGAGCUCUUCGCUGAGGCAGAGAACCUACCAGCGAUUGUACUGACAGAGAGGCAACUGUGCGACCUAGAGUUGAUCCUCAACGGAGGAUUUUCGCCGCUCGAGGGCUUCCUCAACCAGAAGGACUACGAGAGCGUGGUGCAGACGGAGCGUCUCAGCGAUGGUAACGUCUUUGCGAUGCCCAUUACGCUCGAUGUCUCCAAGCAGACCAUUGACGAGCUCGGGGUGAAGCCCAGCGCGCGCAUUGCCCUGCGCGACUUCCGUGACGACCGCAACCUGGCCAUUAUCACCGUCGACGAUGUCUACCAGCCGGACAAGGCAGAGGAGGCCAAGAAGGUCUUUGGCGGCGACGCCGAGCACCCGGCCGUCAAGUACCUGAACGAGACAGUGCAGGAGUACUACGUCGGCGGCAAGCUCGAGGCCAUUGACCGGCUGGAGCACUACGACUACGUCGGCCUCCGCUUCACACCCGCUGAGCUGCGCUCGCACUUCGACAAGCUUGGCUGGUCCAAGGUCGUCGCCUUCCAGACGCGCAACCCCAUGCACCGCGCCCACCGCGAGCUGACGGUCCGCGCUGCCCGCGCCCGCCAGGCCAACGUGCUCAUCCACCCCGUUGUCGGCCUCACCAAGCCCGGCGACAUCGACCACUUCACACGCGUGCGCGUCUACCAGGCGCUGCUGCCCCGCUACCCCAACGGCAUGGCCGCCCUCGCCCUGCUGCCCCUCGCCAUGCGCAUGGGCGGUCCCCGCGAGGCCAUCUGGCACGCCGUCAUCCGGAAGAACUUCGGAGCCACACACUUCAUCGUCGGCCGCGACCACGCCGGCCCCGGCAAGAACUCCAAGGGCGAAGAGUUCUACGGCCCCUACGAUGCGCAGGACGCCGUCGAGAAGUACAAGGACGAGCUCGGCAUUGAAGUUGUUCCUUUCCAGAUGAUGACCUACCUCCCCGACACCGACGAGUACAAGCCCAAGGACGAAGUCCCCCAGGGCGUCAAGACGCUUGACAUCUCUGGCACAGAGCUGCGCAAGCGUCUCAGGACCGGCCAGGAGAUCCCCGAGUGGUUCUCCUACCCCGAGGUCGUCCGUGUUCUGCGCGAAUCCCACCCUCCCCGCAACCAGCAGGGUUUCACUGUCUUCUUGACCGGCUACCAGAACUCCGGCAAGGACGCCAUUGCCCGUGCCCUCAACGUCACACUCAACCAGCAGGGAGGCCGCUCUGUCUCGCUCCUCCUCGGUGACACAGUCCGCUCCGAGCUGUCCUCUGAGCUCGGCUUCAGCCGCCAGGACCGCGACACAAACAUUGCGCGCAUUGCCUUCGUUGCCUCUGAGCUGACAAAGUCCGGCGCCGCCGUCAUCGCCGCCCCCAUCGCUCCUUUCGAGGGGUCCCGCAAGUCUGCCAAGGAGCUCGUUGAGAAGUACGGAUCCUUCUUCCUCGUCCACGUCGCCACACCGCUCGAGCACUGCGAGAAGACCGACAAGCGCGGUAUCUACGCCAAGGCACGCGCCGGUGAGGUCAAGGGCUUCACUGGUGUCGAUGACCCGUACGAGGCCCCUAACAAUGCCGAUUUGACUGUUGAUAUUAGCAAGACCAACGUCAGGACGGCUGUUCACCAGAUUGUUCUUCUGCUUGAGGCGUCUGGCUUGUUGUCGCAGUUGUAGAUGUUGAUGCAUUAAAGAAUACGGGUACAAGGUUUGGGAUAGACAUGGUUUACGAACAAAACGAAUGAAUGAUAGACUGGAGCCAGUCG